AUGGAGUUGCGUCAUCUAAACUGUGAAUUUUACUGGUCAGAUGAUGUUUCACCACUACACUUUGUGGUGGCGAAGAGGACGAUCAGUGCUGUGUUUGACCAGCUGCUGGAGUUUGUUAGAGAGGGAUCAGAAUUUGUAGAGGAGACAUAAAAGAGCAAAGAUCUAGAGCAUGUUGCAGAGGAGGACCAGUGUCUGCAAAUCCAGGCCUGCUCCAGGAAACUCACCGUCAUCAAAGAUUUGUUAUCCCGCAGACAUAUGAAGGUGGCCUUUUUUGGCAGGACCAGUAAUGGAAAGAUUACAGUAAUUAAUGCUAUGCUAAGGGAGCGGAUUCUGCCCAGUGGAAUCGGCCACACCACCAACUGCUUCCUGAGUGUGGAGGGCACAGACGGGGAACAUACCACUGAGGACUCUGAAGAGAGGAAAAGUAUCAAAACAGUCAGUUAGUUGACUCACGCUCUGCACAUAGACAGGAAUCUAGAUUCUGGUUGUUUAGUCCGAGUGUUUUGGCCCAAAACUAAGUGUGCCCUGUUGAGAGGUGAUCUGGUCUUGAUGGACAGCCCAGGCAGUAAUGUAACAUCAGAACUGGACAGUUAGAUUGACAUGUUCUGUAUAGAUGCUCAUGUCUUUGUGCUUGUCAAAGGCAAAUCAUGUAAUGUUAAGAUAAAAAAGGACUUCUUCCACAAAGUCAAAGAGUGCAUAUCAAAGCCAAAUGUUUUCAUCUUAAAUAACACUGUCUUAGAGCCAGAGUAUCUGGAGACUGUGCGAAAGCAGCAUAUGGACCUCUGCGUCAGUUUCUUAGUGGAGGAGCUGAAGGUAACAAAGCACCUGACCUCAUCUUCUUUUGUCUCUGCUAAAGAGGUGCUGAGUGCCAGGAUCCUGCAUGCCCAGAGAAUGCCAGAGACUGGUGGCGCAUUGGCUGAAGGAUUCCAGGAGCAACUGAGAGAGUUCCAGACUUUUGAAAGAACAUUUGAGGAAUUUAUCUCACAGUCUGCCGUGAAGACCAAGUUUGAGCAGCACACAAUCAGAGCCUGGCAGACAACAGAGUCAGUCAAGGCUAUCAUGGAUGCCAUCAAUAUUUCUUCAGCAGAAAAGAAGGAGAUGGUGGCCGUCUUCACCCGCAUGUGCUAACAGGUUGACAUGAACGAGAUGGAGCUUGAAACGGAGAUCCGCAGACUCAGUGCCAGAAUCCAGCGGCUGGAGAUCAUCCAGAGACACUCCAAAACUCUCAGCUAUAACAGUCGCCAUACACAAUGCCACAGAUCUAGAGUCACAACUGGAGUAUUUCUCAGCACAGUAUCUACAGAUUCAACUUGAACAACUGAAAGCAGAAAGAAACAAUUUACUGAGAACUGGAUUAAGACUGUCCCUUACAGUUUUUAUUUUCUCUUUUCUUCCCCAAUGCGCUGUAAGUCCUUCUGGUGACGUAGUGACUUGCCUCUGAGACUGUCAAUCUUAUCACAUGGAUUGUUGAGCAUGUAACUGCGGAUACGUAGCAUGUGUGGAGGCUCACGCUAUUCUCCGCGGCAUCCACGCACAACACCGAGAACCACACAUUAUAGUGACCAAGAGGAGGUUACCCCAUGUGACUCCACCCUCCCUAGCAACUGGGCCAAUUUGGUUGCUUAGGAGACCUGACUGGAGUCACUCAGCACACUCAGGGGUGGUAGUUUACUUGCUGAGCUACCCAAGCCCCCAGUAGUUGACUCAGUAGUUUUGAAAAGUUGACACGUCCUGCAGUGUUGCAUGCUUGACUCCAUCUUAAACUAUUUGAAACAGCAUUUUACGAAUUAUUUUAUAAUUACUGCAGAUUCCAAGACUUCAUAUUAAUAGAGAGACUAUAUGGACUAAAAACUUAUGACUAUGUUCAGAAAUUAGUAUUGUUCAAGCAAAGAAUCUCUGAUGAAAAGCCUUUAUUGGUUAUGAGAACAAAUUGUAACAGGUGUCACUGCCACUGUACAAAUACAAAUAAAUUCUGGUGUUAAAAAAAAGAUUAAACAUUUCUCAAAGCAAGUGAUCAUUGUUUUCUAAACCAACAUUAUGAAAUAAUACAAAUCUUUUUUCAAAAAGUACAUUAAAAUGAAUGUGUGUUAGAGUCAAGAGGCAGUUAUGUCUUCUGAUUUGGUCCAAGUCCACAUCUCAGUGUGGGACAGAACCACCACCACAAAAAAAAAAAAAAAAAAGAUAA